AUGGCGGCCGCGGAGCCCAAGCCCCCGGCGGGUGCGGCCGCGGCCCGGCGCCUGGCCCGGGGCUGCUGGUCCGCGUUCUGGGACUACGAGACGCCCAAGGUGAUCGUGGUGAAGAACCGGCGCCUGGGCGUCGUGUACCGCCUGGUGCAGCUGCUCAUCCUGCUCUACUUCGUGUGGUACGUGUUCAUCGUGCAGAAGAGUUACCAGGACCGGGAGACGGGCCCCGAGAGCUCCGUCAUCACCAAGGUCAAGGGCAUCACGGCGUCGGAGCACAAGGUGUGGGACGUGGAGGAGUACGUGAAGCCCCCCGAGGGAGGCAGCGUGUUCAGCAUCAUCACCAGGAUCGAGGUCACCCGCUCCCAGACUCUGGGCACCUGCCCCGAGAGUGCGCGGGUCUCCAACGCCACCUGCGACUCCGACGAGGACUGCGUGGCCGGAGAGCUGGACAUGCUGGGGAACGGUGUGCGGACGGGGCGCUGCGUGCCCUACUACCACGGGGCCUCCAAGACCUGCGAGGUGUCUGGCUGGUGCCCCGUGGAGGACGGCGCCUCUGUCAGCCAAUUUCUUGGAAAGAUGGCCCCAAAUUUCACCAUCCUCAUCAAGAACAGCAUCCACUAUCCCAAAUUCCGGUUUUCCAAGGGCAACAUCGAGAACCGCAGGGACGGCUACCUGAAGCGCUGCACGUUCGACGAAGCGUCGCACCUGUACUGCCCCAUUUUCCGGCUGGGCUUCAUCGUGGAGAGGGCCGGGGAGAACUUCACCGAGCUGGCGCACACGGGUGGUGUCAUUGGGGUCAUUAUCAACUGGGACUGUGACCUGGACCUGCCGGCAUCAAGCUGCAACCCCAAGUACUCCUUCCGGAGACUCGACCCCAAGCACGUCCCAGCUUCCUCUGGCUACAACUUCAGGUUUGCCAGGUACUACAAGAUCAAUGGCACCACCACCCGCACGCUCAUCAAGGCCUACGGGGUCCGCAUCGACGUCAUUGUGCACGGACAGGCAGGCAAGUUCAGCCUGAUUCCCACCAUCAUUAACCUGGCCACCGCGCUGACCUCCGUCGGGGUGGUAAGGAGCGCACACCGCGGGCUGGACGCGUGUGGUGGGUGGGGGUCUCACCAUGCCCUCACAUGCCUGUCCCGCUGGCCCCAGGGCUCCUUCCUGUGUGACUGGAUCUUGCUAACGUUCAUGAACAAAAACAAAGUCUACAGCCAUAAGAAAUUCGACAAGGUGUGUACGCCAAGGCACUCCCCAGGUAGCUGGCCUGUGACCCUGGCCCUCGUUCUGGGACAGGCCCCUCCGCCCCCCUGCCCCUGCCCCACGGACCCGAGCAGGCCACAGGAAGAGGGGCGGAGCCAGGCCCAGGCCGCCCUGCCACCACGGCCUUGUCCCACCUCCGCCCUGUCUGAGCAGAUGGCGGACAUUCCCGGUCGGGGUGCAGGACCGGGGCCCUGGGCCUCCGAGCCUUCCCAGCAGGACUCCACGCUCACAGACCCCCGAGGUUUGGCUCAGCUCUGA